UUUCGCUCCGCUGGCUGCGGUGCUGCGCGUUUCACGGCGUAUCACAACACCGCCAGCCUUCAGGCGCACAAGACGAACACGAUAGCGUACCGCAGCUCUGGGCGUUUGACGUUUAUCUCCCGACGGCUGUAAAGCGAAGAAGGUCUCGACAUCUGAGGUGUUACACUUCCGUGCGAGUAACUUUCCGAGAGGUUCCGCAUCUGUACAGGAGCGCUGACUUGUUUGUGAGCUACUAAGCAAAACUUUCUUCGUUAAAGAUGCUGAGGUCCGUGUCUCCGCAGCUGUCUCCAGGCAGCAACAGCUCGACUCCGCCGCCGUCGCUGACGCCGGACCAGGCGAGCGUGCUGGAGGCGCAGUUCCAGCGCCUCAAGAACCCCCACCCCACGGACCUCAUCCUGCUCGCCGCCGAGACGGGGCUCGACGAGCGGCAAGUCCAGGCUUGGUUCAACAUGCGGCUGGCUGCCUGGAGGAAGGAGCAGGGAUUGCCAGCAAGUUUUGGCCACUUCAACAGCUACUGAUUCGAAAUUUUAGACCCACUUCGCUCUAGUAAGAAAAGCGAUGAAUUAACUAAAGAAAUAAGCACCAAAGGUUUAUUAAUCUCCUUAAAAGACAGCUACAUGAAUUCAGUUUUUUGUUGUGAUUUGUUUUGAUAGUAGAUCAUGUGUGAAAAUUUAAGUGUAUAUAUUUAUUUAUACAUUACAGAGUACUCGAAAAUGUGUUUUAUACUGAUGUUUCAAACUUUAGAUGUAUACAUUUUGUAAAUGAUUUCUGGUACCUUACAGACUGAAUAAUUCAGAGUGAGUAUCUUCAUUUGACACCAGUAUACUGUAACUAAUGAUUCCUUCUCAAAAUUUAUUUGUUACAUCUUCAACUACUUCAUAUGGUGUCUCAUUCUGCAGAAAUACGACAGAAACCGUGGGUAAAGAUUUAUUUAGCAUCCAUAAUCUCCCAGUAAGAGAAAACAAAAUGGUGAUAGAACUGGCUCACUCCUGAGACAUGAUCUAUGUUGCAUCAUAUAAAGGACAGCUUGUAUUGCUAAUGUUAACAAUUGUCAUGAGCGUACAUAUUAGUUGAUUAACUUAGUAUUGAUGUACAUUGCCUUUCUCCUGAAUAAUUUUCCACAUCAGAUAGAAUAUAGAACUAUUUUUCUAUACAGUUUUAAGAAUUUAGUGUUAUGUUAGCACAAAUCUGUAAACUUUAUCUGUAGACUAGUAGCUUAGGAAAGAUUAGUUGUAUCAUUAUUUGUAAAUUACCCAUGUUGUAUGUAUUCUAAUGUUACAUUAAUUCAAUUCAGAAGAUGUACUGUCAAAGAGCUAUAUGUUUGUUAAAAAUAAAUACAGUAUAUAAUGAUUAGCAAAUCAAA